AUGCUGACUUAUUCUUGUUUAGUUUAGAGCUAUAUGAUAUAGACUAAUUCUCUAAGUAAUUGGUUUCUUAACUUAUAUAAAACAUGGAUGAUUAAUAUAGUGAGUUAGCAUUAGAUUGUGUUGAAAAUAGAUUUAGAAACUGAAUUAAUUGAAUUAGGAAAUAUGGUGUUUCGAUUCCCUUUUUAAUGCACUAUAUAAAAUGUCAAUCAAAACAAUAGUAUCUUAAAUAAAGAAUUUUAAAUUAAAAAUUGUUAGAUGUUAUGGGUUAACUAAAUAUUAUUAUUUAUUAUCCAAGCAUUUUAUCUGACUAUAUAAAAAAAGAAAAGAUGUUUAUUUAUUUUAAAAUAGACAUAAGCGUUAUUAACUAUCUUAAACUUGGAUGGAACCUUGAAAAUUGGAGUGAGCUAGCCAAAUAUUCAGUUGAAGAAAGAGAAUACUUCUAUAUUUAUUUAAAUACUUAUGAGGGUACACAAAUACAAAUGUAAAGUUGAAUAGAAAUAGAAUUUUAAAUAAUCAUCUCUAGACCCUAAUUAAAUAAUAUUUAUUGAGUCUUGA